AUGGGGCAACGAAUAGAUAUACCAGGGGAAGAAACAAAGAUUCUAGACUUUUGGAGGAGUCAUGAUGCAUUCAAAACGUCCUUGAAACACUCUUCCGGAAAACGUCGGUUCACAUUUUAUGAUGGCCCGCCAUUCGCCACAGGUCUACCACAUUAUGGCCAUCUGUUAGCUGGGACAAUAAAGGAUAUUGUAACACGUUACGCUCAUCAGAGAGGUCAUCAUGUUGAACGAAGGUUUGGAUGGGACUGUCAUGGAUUACCUGUGGAGUACGAAGUUGACAAAGAGCUCGGAAUUACGGGCCCCCACGAUGUUGAAAAAAUGGGAGUAGCCUGCUACAAUGAUAAAUGUCGAGCAAUUGUCAUGCGUUACAGUUCUCAGUGGGAAAAAGUAACAAACCGCCUUGGUCGGUGGAUUGAUUUUGAAAAUGACUACAGGACUAUGUAUCCGUGGUUUAUGGAGUCUGUUUGGUGGGUCUUUAAACAACUGUAUGAUAAGGGUUUGGUGUACCGUGGUCUAAAAGUAAUGCCGUUCUCAACUGCAUGUUCAACUCCUCUUUCAAACUUUGAGGCAGGACAAAACUACAAAGACGUUCAAGACCCUGCUAUUAUUGUUAGCUUCCCAUUGGAUAAUGAUCCUGAAACUUCAAUGAUAGCUUGGACAACAACUCCUUGGACUCUUGUUAGCAACCUUGCUCUGUGCAUGCACCCUGAUAAAGAAUAUGUUAAGAUUUUGGAUACAUCCAAAAAUCGAAAAUUCAUUAUGAUGAAGGCUCGUCUUACAUCAGUAUAUAAGCAAGAAAAUGAAUACAAAGUAUUAGAUACCUUCAAAGGAAGAUCCAUGGAAGGCCUAACAUAUCAACCACCAUUCAGUUACUUUAUACAUCUUAAAAAGGAACGAGGUGCAUUUCGUAUUUUAUGUGAUACCUAUGUAACAGAAGAUGUUGGUACUGGUGUUGUACACCAAGCUCCUUACUUUGGUGAGGAUGAUUUUCGUGUGUGUCUGAAAAACGGUAUUGUUGGGAAAGAUACACCGAUGAUUUGUCCUGUAAAUCCAAACGGUCGAUUCACUGAUGAAAUUAAAGAUUUUGCUGGGAUGUAUGUAAAAGAUGCUGAUAAGCUUAUUUGUCAGAAUUUGAAAAAAAAUGGCCGUUUAGUACAUCAAAGUACAAUUACUCACAGUUAUCCAUUUUGUUGGAGGUCAGAUACUCCAUUAAUAUACAAAGCUGUUCCUACUUGGUUUAUUCGUGUUGAACAAAUGAUUGAUCGACUGUUGGCUAACAAUGCAAAAUGUCUAUGGGUACCGGAUUUUGUACGUGAAGGUAGAUUUGCUAAUUGGCUACGUGAUGCACGUGAUUGGGCUGUGUCUAGAAAUCGUUUCUGGGGUACACCAAUACCAAUAUGGACAAGUGAUGAUAUGGAAGAAGUAGUUUGUGUUGGUUCUAUUGAAGAAUUGAAACUAUUAUCUGGUAUAGAGGUUACGGAUUUACACAAAGAAUUUGUUGACCCAAUCACUAUUCCAUCGUCAACUGGACGAGGUGUUUUACAUCGUGUUUCUGAAGUAUUUGACUGUUGGUUUGAAUCAGGAUCCAUGCCGUAUGCCCAGAUACAUUAUCCAUUUGAGAAUACAACUGUAUUUCAAGAAGGUUUCCCAGCAGAUUUCAUCGCUGAAGUUUUAGCCGCCGAUGGACAGAAGAUGAGUAAACGUGCCAAAAACUAUCCAGAUCCAGUUGGAGUUAUAGAAAAACACGGUGCAGAUCCACUACGAUUAUAUUUAAUAAAUUCACCGGUGGUUCGAGCACAAAAUCUACGAUUCAGUGAAUCUGGUGUACAUGAGAUUGUAAAAGAUGUAUUUCUACCAUGGUGUAAUGCAUUACGAUUUUUAAUUGAGUCAUCAAUCUUACCAUAUCAAAAAAUAACUCAUCAAUUAUUCAUUGUGAAAUCAGAUGAAUUUCCUUUGACAAAUAAUUUUAUGGAUCGUUGGAUUUUAUCAUUUACUCAAAGUCUAAUAUUGUUUGUACAUGAAGAACUUUCAGGUUAUCGUUUGUAUACAGUGGUGCCGCGUUUAGUAAAAUUUAUUGAUCACCUUGUUAAUUGGUAUGUACGGAUGAAUCGUAAACGCUUAAAAGGAGAUGUUGUUGAAGAUCAAAAUGAUUGGAAAGCAGCUUUGCAUACCCUAUUGAAAGUGAUUUAUCAGAUUACAUGUUUAAUGUCACCUUUCACUCCAUUUAUAACUGAAUUUAUCUAUCAACAUAUCAAGGGUUAUCUUGAUUAUACUGAUAAUUUGAAAGAUCAUAGUUCUCUUCUUCCUGGUUAUUCAUCUGAAACUGGUGCUCCCGAUUCCAUUCAUUACAUACAAGCCCCUGAACCAAAAUUAGAAUUGAUCUCAAAUGAAAUAGAAGAUAUUGUCUAUUGGAUGCAAUCUACCGUGGAAUUAGGUCGUAUAAUACGUACUCGUUGUAAUCUUCCAUUGAAAGCACCACUACGUGAAGCUAUUGUUAUUCAUUCAGAUCCGAAUAUUUUGAAAAAUAUCAAAUCUGCACAAACAUAUAUCAUUGAAGAAUUGAACGUUCGUGUUCUCACUACAACUAGUGAUAAACAUCGUUAUGGUGUUCAACUUCGUGGUGUAUUAAAUCAUAAAACAUUAGGUGCACGACUUAAAAAUGAUUAUAAAUCUGUUGUGAACAAGGUAAAAGAUAUGUCAACUGAAGAAUUGGAACAAUUUGUCAAUACUGGUCACAUAGUUGUUUGUGGGCAUGAAUUAUCCGGUGAUGACUUAUCAGUAGUAUAUUCGACUGGUAUUAGUAGUAGCAGUGGGUGUAGUGAUACUCAAUCAUCUACAUCUGGAUUAAAACGUAAAUCUGAAAAAUCAUCAUCCCCCACAUUGGACGGAAAUAGUCAAGUAAACUCAUCCAAAUAUGAAACAGCUUCAGAUGCUAAAGGUCUAUUGGUAAUAUUGGAUAUAACUCCAGAUGUUGAACUGGAAAAUGAACGUUUAGCUAGAGAACUUGUUAAUCGUAUACAACGAACACGUAAAAAGGCUGAAUUAAUUCCGGAAAAUCCAAUUGUUAUUUUAGCAAUUACUGAUUUAGACUCUUAUUACAAUAUUGCUGGACCACAUGGAAAUUAUUUAAAUUUUAUUCAAUCAACUAUUAAACAACCUUUCACUGUUAUGAAACAAUCAACAAUCAAUAAUAUUAAUCUUGUAGAUAUUAUGCAAUGUGCUAAAUCUAUUCUACCUGAUGGUUGGGAAUUAACUACUGAAGUGAUACGUGAUACAGUUUCAAUUCCACCGGAUAAUAUUGAUCUGAUUAUAUUUUCAAGACAGCCAAUACAUGAUUCUUCUGAUCAUCAUAUUAAAAUUAAUAUUAAUAUGAAUUCAGUUGAAAUAAAAAAGCGACCAGUAUUUGUUAAUGUUAUAAAUUAUACUAAUCAUGCACAAACUAUUAAAGUACAAUUAUGUGAUUCAAAUAAUCAAUGGUUUGUCCAUAGUGUAGACGAUUUACUACGAAAGGUGAAAUGUGCUUUUGGUUGGUCGACUAAUAUCAAUUUACAAUUGUACACUGCAUUAAAUACUGAUAAUAUAAAUGAUUUAAAACCAUUUGUACAUGUUCCAGCUAAUCAAUUGAUUAAUUUGGACGGAAUCACUUUGUAUGCUUCGGUUUAA